UUUAGUUCAAUUACUCACAGAAAUUGCUUAUCAAGUAUCUCUAUUUACUAUAAAAGAAGUUAUAGAAUUUGCAUCAAAUAUUGAAGAUUCAAAUUCUAUAGAUUAUUUUUAUCCUUAUCUAUUAACUAAAAAUUGGAAAUUACAAAACUGUAUCAUUAAAUUAAUCAUCAAUAAAUGCUAA